AUGGUGUUUCUUAAGGUUGCUCCUAUGAAAGGGGUGAUGCGAUUCGGGGAAAAGGGCAAGCUAAGUCUUAGAUUUGUUGGACCUUUUGAGAUUCUAGAUAGAGUUGGUGAUUUAGCUUAUAGGCUUGCUUUACCAUCGGCAUUAUUUGGAGUACAUAAUGUUUCCCAUGUAUCCAUGCUCCGUAAGUAUGUUCAUGAUCCUUCAUAUGUGGUUAGUUUUGGGCCUCUUCAACUCAAUACAGAUCUUACAUAUGAAGAGUUACCACUCCAAAUCGUAGACCAAAAGGAAAAAGAACUACACACUAAGAAGAUUUCUUUGGUAAAAGUUCUAUGGAGAAAUCAUUCAGUAGAAGAAGCCACUUAG